AAUUUAGCCCCCUCGUGCGCCGUCAUAUUUUGAAAGAAAAUUCUUAAUUUUUGCUAAACAAACCGACUUGUAUUCGAAUUAUUGCUUGUAGUUUGUUUCGGGCGGUUUUUUAAGGACUGAGCAUCAUAAUGAGCACCGAAUCAACGAAACCUGCGCCCAACCAGGAGGCAAUUGUGGCCCAGUUUCAACAGCUGCGGAACGACCAGCGAAAUUUGGCCAACAAUCUAAAUACCCUGGAAAUGGACUUGCGGGAGCACAAAACUGUGAUAGAAACAUUGAAGCUGGCCGAUCCGGAUCGCAAGUGUUUUCGUCUGAUUGGCGGCGUCCUCUGUGAGCGGACCGUGAAGGAGGUGCUGCCGCAGCUGGUGGAGAACCAGGACUUUAUUGCCCAGACCAUUACCUUAAUCACUGAGGAUCUGAGCAAAAAGGGCACAGAGCUGAACAAGUUCAAGGAGGAGCACAACAUCAAAAUUCGUGGCGAGCACCUGGGCGCCGAGGGUGGCAAGGAUGCGGAGACCAGCGGCAGCAAGUCUGAGAACCGCAACGUACUCGUCUCCAACUAGAGAGCAGAGAACCCAGCCAGCGCAGCGUAUUUAUUGUGUCUAUGUAUGAAAUGAACUCUGCCAAGAUAACUCAACCGAUCGCCGGAUCAUGGAUUGAAAAAUCGAAGUUCUAAUGUUAUAUGUAUUUUUAGCUGUAAGGCGAGUUCACACGCCCACUCACAUCCCAAAUCUCUCAUUCACGCGCAUAACACACCACUCAACCAAACCACACACCGGCACCGAAAGUAAACCACUUCUGUAACAGAAUA